AUGGCAGAAGAGAAGGCAAUGCCUCCUCGUUCUUCGUUUUCGAUUUGCUUGUCCAUUUUUUCAUUUUCACGUGAAGGAAGCAAAGCAACCUUAGUCUUAGUCUGCCCUAUCUUUUUUUUUCGAAUAUCCCUUUUCGAAGCUUCGAGCCAAGGCAAUCCGGAGACCAGUACGGACAGCCCAAGCCCAGAGUUCAGCAGUCAAGUUUGUAGCAACUCCAAUUCUAGCUGCAUAACCUCGAAGCCAGACGCCCUAUCUUCCUCGAUCCCACUCAUGUUCGGAUUCACUAACCAUUCCCUUUCUCUUUUUGCAUGUAUGAUUUCUUGGUCGGUCGCUUCCUUUCGCUUUCAUGCGGAAGGCCCCCUACCGGCCAGAAAGAAUUGUUUUAGAUAG